AUGCGGCGUGCGGGCAGCGGCCCCGCCAGCCCAGCGCCGCCAGCACCGCCCCUCCCCACGCAUACACACAGAAUUUCGGAAAAUAAAGAGUUGCUGCGUCAGCAACUUCUGUCUGCGAGCAAGGAACGUGCCGAUAGGCCGGAACAAGCCAAGCCCAAGCACGUGCGCAGUCGACAGAAAAAUCGUUGGAAGCUGAAGUUCCACCACCAAGCGCUACCCCAAGAAUAUCUAGACCAUUAUGAGCAGAGCUUGCAGAAAGCCAACGCCAGACAACAGAAGAAAACACAAGACAAGCUAAAAUCCGAAACCUAA